AUGGCGGGAUCACACGAAAAAGUUGGGGAAAAUUUUCCAGACUUGCGUCAUCAAUUUUUGCGUGGCUUGAUUCAGUAUGAAGGUUGGCAGAGAACACGCCAUUACUUGAAGUCUGCAGCAGAGUGUACAUCACGUGCCAUUGUCUCACUGGAACUGAGUCCCCAACCAAUCAAAUCACCACGUCAGGCACAAAAGUUACAGAAUAUUGGGGGAGAGACAAUCAAAAGACUGAAGAAGUUUGCAGAAGAAGAUCGCUGGUCCAGAAGUCCCCCUUUGUCGGGAAAGUUUGUGAGUUCUGCCGGCGCCAUACUGGUGGCUCUAAUGACAGCUGAGGACCAGGUCAAGGACAACAGCAAUGAAAAAGAUAGCCAUCACAUCUCAGAAGAACAGCUGAAAACUCAGGCAGCCAUGCUUUGUGAGGAAGACUUCACACAUGAUGGUUUUUGUCAAGCGUGGUGGAGAGUUGAGGUCCUCAUCAAACGUGGCUAUGUCAAGCGUAGAUUCUACAAAAAAUUACCUGUGUAUCACCUCUUACCUGAAGGCCGUGAAGUAGCCCUCACAUUGCUAGGUAAGUCUUGUACAGCUUCAGCUGGAACCAAUGGAAACGUCUCUAACCCCAGUCUCACCUUGCCAAAGGCUUAUCCCAAAUUGAACACUGGACAUAGUAGGGUUUUACCAGAGAAAUCCUUAGAUUUGUCAUCAGGCACUUCUGAAUGUUUCCAGAAGAAACCCUCAGCUUGUGACUCUUUUUCUGUCACAUCCACACCCUGGGAGGGAAAGACGAACUCACGGUUACCAUGGCAGUGUGACCAGACGGGAACAGACUGUCGUCUUGGAAAUGAUACAGGGCAGGAUGGAGUUGUGAUGUUAGUGGACACAUCAGAGUUAGGAGGUGAACAGGGAAACCUUAUCCAGCUGGGAGAGAUGUUGGACAAUGCUGGAAUGAUCUACAGAACCAGGAGACUUAAGUCGGGUGACUACUGCUGGCGAUGGCGUCAUCAGGGGGAGGAGAGGGCCCUACCUUGUCUGGUGGAGAGGAAGAGAGCAGAUGACCUGGCAAGAACACUCAAAGAAGGGAGAUUCUGGAGUCAGGUACAAAAAAUGGUGGAAUGGAAAAAUGAGUUCAUGACCUAUGACCUUCCAUGUGACCUGUUCUAUGUCAUAGAGGGAGAACCAGAACAGUAUGUUAUGAAGUGUAAGGACAGAUGUAAUGGUGUGGGCAUGUGCAAGAACCCAAGCCUGACCCAGGUCAAGAAUGCCAUUGUUGACCUGAAAAGUCAUCCAGACCUUCAAGUUCUGCACACAGACAGUAUACUGGAAACCGUAGCCAUUUUAGAAUCAAUUACCGUAGAUUUAGAUCAAAAAGUGAAGAAGGGAAAAUUUGAUGUGAUGUUUGAGUUGGAAUGGGAGAAGUGUAAGCAGGACUCGAGUGUUAUAAAUAUUGAUGACAGUGAUGAAGAAGUUCACCCGUCAACCUCUAAAGACAAGCCUUCCACAGACGGGAAAGAAUCCAGGGUCUAUGAAAAUCAUGUAAAAAACAAAAAUAGUGAAGAUUCAAAUGACAGCAUAAUUUGUAUGCCUCAUUGUAAAAUUGAUAAAACUUCAUGGACUUUGUCAGAAAAUGAUGAACAUGAUGAUUUAGAUAGCAAGAUUUGUGUUACUGACAAUGAUGGCGAUAUGGAAGACCCGGAUUGGCUCCCAGACAUUCCCUGUAGUACGCAGACAAGACAGAGAAACAUGAAGACAACAAGAUGUUCUGAUGAAGAACGGAGGGAAAGUAAUGUAACUCAAACCAAACACAUUAAUCUAAAAAGAAACAUUAAGAGUGAUCAGGAUGAGGGAAUGUUUGGUAAAAAGAUACUGAUAACCAAGAAGGAAAGAACUACAGAGCUGGGAGUGAAGGAUGGCCUAUAUAAUGGAAGGGACAAGUCUUAUGACUAUGUUGAAAUUGAUCCUGAUGAGGAUUGGACACCAUCUAAAAUAGUUCCACUCAGAAAUCAUUCUGUAAGAUCAGCUAGCCAGAAGACCACACAGGUUGUAGCAAGUGACAAUUCAGAAAGUGUAGAGACAAGAGGUGACUGGUGGGAAGACAGUGAAAAGGAACCUCUGGUUAUGUACCAUAAUUCUUAUGGCUUCCAACCUCGUACUCCAUCUAAAGACAAUGAAAAACCUAUGUGUAUCAAUAAGAUAGACAGACAAUUGGAAACUGAUAGAGAAAUGGGUUAUGAAAGAAGAUCUAUUCCAAAAAUGGACAUAGACAAACAAUGUGUUACAGGGAAUGAUAGGGGAAUCAUGGGACACUAUAAGAUCUCAGAUUCUGAUAUAGACAGAGUGACCCAGAUACAGGAUGUGUUCCCAUCACAGUCAAAGAUGAUGGACUAUGGUGAUGAGAAAGUGACCCAAAUACAGGACAUGUUCCCCUCACUCUCUAGAGAGGCAGUAUAUGAUGUCAUGUCUAGACAUUCUGGUGAUGUAACAAGCUGUGUAGAAGAACUUCUACAAACACAAGAGAUCGGCUAGUUAUUUUCUUCAUUCAUUUGAUGUCUCAGUAUUUAUAGUGUUCUACUGAUUUUGUUUUAUCUUGGAUGUUAAAACUUGUACACUGUAAUAGAGUGUCCCACCUUACAUCUGAUUGAGCUCCCUUGGUUAUUUUGAGAUUUUAAUAGGUUAAACAAGUUGCUAACUUGACAUAUUGUUAUGUUUUUUCAUCAGUCUUCAUGUGAAGUUUGUUGUUAUACUUUUGUUAUCAGUUAGUUUUAUUCUUUUAAACAUUUCUAUCAACUCAUUUUUAGAACCACAGAACCAAUUUCCAUAAAUUUUGUUACAAAACAUCAGUAGCUGAAGGGAAAUGAAAAUAGUGAACUUUCCUAUCUCUGCCCUUCUUGGGCCUCAGGAUUAGGCCAAACCAUACAAAUUCCUGCAAAUCUCAAUAUUGUCUUCUCCUGGCUAUCAAUUACCCAGUAGUCAAAUUGUCGGCAUGAUCCUGAUAAGCUAUGAAUCCUCUGCCAAAUUUGUAAAAUGCAUGGCCCUUGGGUCAGGUUUUGGUU